AUGAGCGCUGUCGUGCUGGGUGAUCUACGCCACGAAAUGGACGAGAAUGUGAUUGUUACCUCCACGACCAUGAAGCUGAAGCCGACACCAAAGCCUGCCGACAUCAAGACAAGUUUUCUCAUCCGAACGCUGCCGAGGGAUUGCAACCCAACGCCCGUUCCUACCGGUGGAUUGGGUGCCAGUGCAUCGGGGUUGCUGUCCCCAAUAAUAAACCAGCCCAAAAAGCAAGAAACAGAACUGGAGACUUUGCAACUCGAUAAUCCAUUCGAUGACAUCACGGAGGACAAGCUAAUCUCCGAUCUCGACGGCAUCGGAGCACUCAUGAACUUGCAAGAGCUGUAUCUACAGCACAACAAAGUGAGCGACAUCAGCCCACUGACGAUGCAUGAGGAGCUUCGUGUGAUUGACCUCGAAGGGAAUCGAAUCACGGAUAUUGGUCAGAUCGAACAACUCGCGUUCUGUCCGCAGCUCAUGUCGCUUAACCUAACGGGGAACUCAGUUGAGACCGUCAAACACUACCGUCAGAUUGUUGCCAAUUUCGUGCCACAACUGGUGUCGUUGGAUGACGAGGCACUGUCGGACAGCGAGAGAGUCAAGUUGUCGGACUCAGAAAUCGACGCUGCCAUCUGCAAUCAUCAAGAUCGGCUUCACACCGAUGUAUCAGCUUCUGACCCGAUGGUGCCGAAUGAGCUCAGAAGUCCUCGUCAGCUUUCAUCGAACGGACUUCCAGUGGAUUCUCCUCGUGCUGACGACUCCGGUAGCCGCCUCACUCAUGGAACCGACAUCGUGUUCGCCGGAAACGUCUCGAGUGCGCUUCGUCGACACCGACACGAGGCAACGGGAUCAAAUCGCGAUCUCUACAAACAUACGGGAGGCAGUUCUGAGGACUCUGCAAGCUCUGUUAAUACACGCCCUUCAUCGAGUCAUGGACUACCGGAACGCCCGAAGACGCCAGCACAACGAAUCUCCAUCACCGACACACUUGACCGAGCUCGAGAGCUUGACACCCACAAGCACAAGUCUCGCGACGCCAUCUUGGACGAGCUGAAAACCUGGCAGCUAGAUAGUGUCGGUACGUCGCAAAUCGGAGUUCCCCGUGACACCAACAAAGCGCUCUACCUCGAAGACACCACAGCUAAUCGCAGCAGAUGUCGACGAAAAGGAAGCAUCGACGGCGUCACUGGAAAUGGGGCAGCAAUUGUUGCUCGGCUGGAACGUCGACCCAACACGUCAGCUGGAGUAUUGCGAAAUGGAGUCAACGUCCGAGAAGCGUUUGUUGAGCCUGCACGAGUCCCACCGAGACCAAGGUCGCGAGGGGGGUCUUCAAAGUGUCGUGGGCUGUCCUCCGGUACGUCUACUGUCGACAUCCUCAUCUUAGAUGGCAGCGAUGACACGAAGCGACCAUGUUCUCCAAUCAAGACGUCAAUAGCCAGCUACACGAAGGCUCUGGGACGUCAGCAUGACUGGAAUCUGGACGUGCUCUCCCCUACAGUGGACAUCUCAACUGCUAAGCGCCAUCUACCGACUUCGCUGAGCAGUAAACAGCAACUUAGACGCUCCCAAAGACAAGAGGAGAACGAGGAUUCCAGCGACGACGAUGAAUCAAGCGUGUGUCCAGCCGUGGUAUCGGAACUCGGUAGUCCGACGCUAGUACCCAAGACUGCGUUCUUUAAUGUGGCUGAAAGUCUGAAUGCGAUCGAAAAGUGGCGAGACGAACUGGAAGACGACGCAGAAGACUUCGUCAACUUAAGUGUUGCAGGUCUUCCGAGUUGUCUGUCACCGCGUAACAUUCGAGUAACAAAGGAAGCCACAAGUGUCGACACCGCAAACACCAGUUGCAACCAGCAAAACUCGCCAACUCGGCUGCAACUCAAUCAGAAAUUGACACUUGGUCCUGGAAAUCAUGAGAGUGAUCGCCACCUCGUUCAGUUGAUCUUUCCUUCGUGGGAUCGAUAA